GACACGCGCAGCAUGGCGGAGGGGCCGCGCUCCCCCCGCCUCAGCCCGCCGCGCAGCUCGGCCGUCAAGCGAGACUGCCGCAAAAGCCGCCGCGGUGUCGCGACAGCGGGAGGCCUAAUAAAGCAGUGAGGAGAGACUGAAGGAAGCUGAAAGUGUGUGGGAGAGCAUGGGUUAUGAUAUCGAGCGUUUCGUUGGCUACGUUAACGAAGGGCUGUUAUGCUCCAUCUGCCGUGAUGUGUUAGAAGAUCCAUUACAGGCUCCUUGUGAACAUGCUUUCUGUACUGCUUGUAUACAUGGAUGGCUUCUUCAUCACAGUAACUGCCCUGAAGACAGACAAAUGGUUGAUGUAACUUCUCUGCGACCUCUCUACAGGUAUAUGAGAAAUGAUUUAAACCGUCUUCAGCUACAUUGCAAAAACAGAGAGUAUGGGUGUGUAAUGAUUUGUUCUCUGGAGUCUAUAGACAGGCAUGAAAGGGAGUGUGAGUACAGCCAGAUACCUUGCUCCAAUGAUGGUUGUACAGUUCAGAUUGAACGACGCAACUUAGACGGUCACCUGGCGGUCUGUGCGUAUCGGAGCCGGGAAUGCCCCAACGGCUGUGGUUACAUCAUUCUCAGUGCAGAGGACACACAGCAUAACUGUAUAGCAGAGCUGAGAACUGAGCUGGAGCUACUUCGGACAGAAAUGAUCUGCAGAGUGGAGGAGGCAAAACAUGAGAUGGAGUCAAGGUUAGAUUCACAGAGAAGGCAUAUGGUCCAAAAAGAGAGUAUUCUGCAAAAUGAAAUUGAAGAACUAAAGAGUCAGGUAUCACGAGUGAUGUCAGAUGUGCGCUCUCUGAUGGCUGCAGAGAGACAGCACCGUCAGGAGCUGGAGCAGGCAGAGCUGGAAAAACGGGAACUAAUGGAGCUGCUGAGGGGGCUGCAGAAGGACUGUCGAUUAACUACUACAGAUGGAAGCAGGAAGUCAACAAAUCUACGCUCUCUAGCACAACUGGAGAGUGCAAAACGAAAACCUAGGGAAGUUACAGUUAUCUAAACAGAAGUAAGCUCAAAAAGCAUUUUCUUCCAAUUUCUGUGACCGUCUGGCAGACUUUUUUUACCAUCUAUGAAUUACUGGUAAACUGUCUAUCUUUUCUGAUUUACUUGCUUUCUUUUAAAACCUGGUUUACUAUUUUAUGUUGUUUCCUUUUGGGGCAAUUUUCUUGUAGGGAACACUGGGCGUUAAAACCAGUAAUUGUCAGAUACCUUUUUAGCUAAUGUUUUUAUAACCUCUCUUAAGUACAUCAUUUACAGAAGCCUUUCAAUCCUGAAAGGUAGAACCUUUUAAACUCAAAGAUCUUUCAAGGUUGUUUCCUUCCUCGUCCAUUAUACUCCCUUUAAGUCUAGUUUAUACUUAUACUUUAAACAGAAAGCAAGUGUUAUCAUGAGUAAUGACAUUUGGGAUGUACUUAAUUUUGGGAAAUCAGUAAGACAAUUAGUAAAUCAGUAAAUUAAUAGAUUUUGUUUGCUUAUAGGCUGUAGAAGGUCUCUUUCAAAUGUGGAAAGUGAGCACUUUAAAUUGUAAUUCUACUGCUAGGUAACAGCUUCAGGUGAGGUUGACUUUUAUGUUAGACCUUCUCUGGUUUCCCAGGCUGAUACACAAUGAAGAGACUAACACCACAGCCCAAGGUAAGAGAGUAAUCUAAAACCUUUUAAAUAGAUACAUGACUAACUUGGAGUCGGUGGAGGGGAUCUGCAUUUUGUUUAAAAAUUUGAAGCUUUUAUAUGUGAAAGCAUAAACUAUUUCUACAGGGUCCUUUAAGCUUAAGACCAGCCCAUUUGGUAGUUAAUAUCUUUAAGGCAUUUACAAAUACUUUGAAGUAUCCUUAAGUUUCUUUUGGCAGGUUAAGGAUACUUGAACAUUUAUGUCCACAAUAGACAAAUAUUUGCACAGUCGCUUGGACUUCAGACGUCUUUAUUAGUAUUUAAAUUUGCAGCUAUGUAAGAGCUAGGAUUUUUUAACUGCAUGAGAAAUCUGUACAGUUCUAAGACUUUUUCCUGAACUUCUCACACAGUCCGUUCAUGUUGUUUUCAGUGCUAUAAUUAAGCCAUAUCCUGCAGCUCUUUUGUGGAGUAGCUAGGGGAGAACCUGGCCUCCUCUUUACUGAAUGUGCUAAGUGAGCUUUGAACUUUCAGGAAAAUGUGUACAGGUGCAACAAUCUGAAUAAGCUAAUUUUAUAGUUUAGAAAGCAAAUAAGUUACUGUGCAUGCCUUGCUGUCACUCAGAGCAAUGCUUUUAUGGCUAACCGCAUAACCAAAGAGAGAGGCAGCAACAUGCUCCAGCACAUACACCACAUUACGAAGACUUGCGUUCAGAGCUGUCUUAAUUUCAGGCAUUAAUAAAUCCUUCUAACUUGCUGUUUCUUUAGUAUCACUGAAGCAGUUCUGCACAUGUUCAGGUCUUGUGCAUUUAAAGUGGACAGAAAUAACUCUUCUGUAAAAGUUGGCAGGAGUUUUUUUUUCUGAAAUAAAACAUUCAUAGGAAGAGUUACGUCCAAAUAUUUACUUGUUUCCAGUUCUUAUAUUCUAGAUUAAAUUACAAUAAUUGACAGUAUUUAGAUCACUGUAGCAGUGUCACCAGCUCCUAACACAUAUCUUAAGCAGCCAUAUUUAACAAUCUGAAACAGUAAAACAGUAGCUAUAAUUCAGGAAGACCUUCAUUCACACUAAACAUUCAGUGGUCAGUUCACAUGCAUCAGUGUGUAUAUUAAAGCUAUAGGUAGAAAUUAAGAAUGCUGUUAUUAUCUUGUGUUCUAAAUAAGCAAGGUGUUAGUGUCUGUGAUCUGUGUGACAAUUUCAGCAUUCACAUUUUUAAGCUUCUUAGCAACACUAGAUUUUGUGCUAUUGGAAUCAAUGCAUCUUCAGGACAUGCUUUUCUGUAUACUGUAACUGUGUGUAGUUCUGUGAUGUGACUUUAUCUACUUUGCUUAAUGUAAAAGAAGAAAAUUCCUUCAAAAUCCUAUAGAACUCAGGUGAGCUGGAUUUUCUUUUCCAAGCUGGAUGGCAGUAAUGAUUGCCCAGUCUUGUCUGUUCUGACCACAGAAAAAGCAAGUUAACUGCUCUGUGCUUCAUCCAUAAUGGGAUCUCUGUAUUUGCUUGGUUUAGGAAUUUCAGCCACCUAUUUAUGACUAAAUUCCUUCUAGUAUAGGAAAUAGGAGGUUUUUAAUAUUUACUUGGCAUUUGGCCUGCUGUCUGUCCCUUAAGUGACAGACGCAAAACUGAAUGAGAAAAGGUGUCCUAGGUAUUAAGAAGGACUUUCUGCUGGGCAACCUAUGUAGCUUCUAGUUGCCAGUUCCAGGAAGCCUGAACUUACAGUGUUGGAAUAUGGUAACACUUUGGGCUCACCUGCUGCUGGAAUGAGUUUUCAGCUUGGGUUUCCUUGAGCAGCAGAGAGGCACUUUCAGGGAUAUUUUAAAUGGGCACAUACUAGCUAAUAGCAUCAGAUCCCUCCCAUUACUUUAAGCUUAAUCCCAUUCCUCAGUCUUAAUACCUGUUCUGCACUUCAGAUUUUCCUCUGCUAAUGAGCCACUCACAGGGUAGCAUGUGCUUAAGCAUGGUCAUCAUUUUAGCUGUCUUAAAAUUAACCAGGGUGAAAUUAAGUAGCCCACUGUGUUAAUAUUGUAUCUAGUCUUAACUUUUCCAGUCUCAUUACAGAGUUCUUAAUAACAGCUGGCAGAAGCAAGGAUUUUUUUUUUUUCUUUCAAAUAGUCUGUUAAUACAUUUUAUAAAAAUUUUGGGUCCAAAUAUUGUAGUAGACUUGGUGUAAGAGAAAAUGAUCACUUGGAAAUGCUACUUCCCUAGCAGGAUGAUACUUUAGGAUUAUAAGAGAGAUACUGCUAAAAGUACAUUACAGGAGGGUUCCAGCACUGAACUACUUGUAUAAGCAUUCUCAUACUAAAUCACACAUUGAGCAGUUCCUAUUCCUCACAGGUGGAAUUGUCCUGAGGGUGAGUUGAACUGGUCCACCUAAGUAGACCAGUAACCAUGCAAGUGGCUGUAUUUUGGUCACUUCUACUAGCACUCUGCAGCUAGAAAAGGGAACACAAAGACUGUGGAGAAGGGAGAGUGGAGAGCUAGAGUAAAUGAGGUCUGACUGUCUUCCCUCAGCCUGAGAGCAAUGAGCCAGCUGCAAGCUGCACCAGCCUGUACACCAGCUAAGCCUACCAGUGUAAACUGCUGCAAUUAAUGUAGCAUUAGAAUCAAAUGAGAUUUAAUCUUUAGCCACAAGUAAGUGGGUAUGAAAUACAACAGUACCAAACCUGGGAGAUUCACAAACAAAACUCACUAGAGAGCUGCAGGCUGUUAAGUAUAGGAGACUACAGGGUAUUACAGAGUUGAGCAAAUCCUUAUUCUGCACUAAAUUGAGUGAAAAACACUAAGGAUUAAUUAAAAUAAAUUAAAAUUUUAAAGCAAGUAGUAAGUUUGCCUUUUAAAGAAAACCAACAUCUACAUAUUUAUUCUGAAGUCCCAGGAGCAGGAAAAACUACUUCCCUUAAACUGACUUUUGUACUUGAGAGGUCAAAUUCAAGACACAAUAUAGUUUCCUCUGUUUCCUUCAGCAUUAAAACUGCAUUCCCUGUUCUCCUGCACUCCUCCCAAAGCUAAAAAUGUUCAGUGGUCUUGGCCAGGAUGGACCAUUGCUGCUCAGAUUACUCUGUUGGGAACAGGAACAGUAAUCUUGGGAAGAGCUUCCAGCAGAGGUUAGAUGAGUUUCAGCAGAAGGCAUGGGGCAUGGAAUUGAGAACCAUGCAUCUGAGUCAGGUGCAGAAGUGGCAAGAAUUUUGCUUGAUUUCCUAAAUAUGGUGGCAAUUUUUAAUUAGUAGGAUUCUAGUACUAGAUUAAGAGUUGUAUGAAAUAAAUUAAAAGCACAUGCAUACAAAAGUUUCUUGUCAGCACAUAAUGGAAUGGAAUUAUAGUCAAGCAAAAUAUCCAAUAUAGUGACAUAUUUUUACCGGCCCAAAGUGUUUUUAUCUCAAAUACUCUUAGGUGCUUUUAAGAAGCUUAAUAUAUUAAUAGAUCCCAGGUGGGAAACCAUUCCAAAGAGACACAGAAAGAGGUAGUCUUGCAAAUCAAAUUUUCCAUGUGCUGUCCUCUUGGAUGUUUCUGGCACGGUGCUUUCCUACAGCACUUCACUUCUGAGUGCUGGCUGGUAUCUCAAAGGAGCAGUACAAGCCUUGCCUUUCUCCCAUACUGCUCGUCAGUCCAAGCAUGGUAGGUCAGGGAGAUUUUACCACAUAGAUAGAUGCCUUUAUAAAGACCUACAAUUCUAUGCAACUUUCUAUUAGCAAAUAAACAUUGAACUGUCUUCCAGCAUUGUGGUUCACUGCCAAUCUAUUUACAUUUUCUACCUUUAUAUACAAAAGGAUAAACCAGUGCUUAACAGACCUUAAUACCUACUCUGUACAAGAAACAGUAAUGCUAUUUGUAUCACUUUGAAGUACACUUUGUAUAAAAGUUGAACUAAUAAAGAGUCUGUACCAUA